AUUGCUAUCGUUGCGGCAGUUGCAGCUACUGGCAGUGCUGCAGCCGUAGGCAUUUGGCGGUUUGGUUCGGGCAGUGGAGGUUGGGUAGGCCGGUUUGACGGCAGCCGUACCGGUAGACGCCCGGGUGAAACCUGGACCUUUAUUUCCCUGGAAUGUAAAAGUGGUUGAAGGGAAAAGUGAGGCUAUGGAUGUUCCAAAAAAUUUAGAGAUAGAUCCCUCAAAGCAGGAGGUCUUCAGACAACCCGAUGUGGCAAAUCCCUCAAAGCAGGAGGUCUUCGGACAACCCGAUGUGGCAAAUCCCUCAAAGCAGGAGGUCUUCAGACAACCCGAUGUGGCAAAUAGGCCGCAGUCGGCGAAAGAGGCGUUGCAAAAAACAAGCGCCAUGGCCCCGGUUCGCGCUAGGGCCGCAAGGAACGCAAAAAGACGCAAAGACAAUCUUCGCUUGUACUCCUACAUUCCACAAGUUCAGAAACAUUUCAUUCUGGACGGCAAGAUUGGUGAAGGUACUUUCAGUCAUGUCUACAAAGCGAGGCUGAAGUCAACUGGUUUGCACAUGGAAUUCGCCAUCAAGUUUUUAAUUCCCACAAGUCACCCUUCACGGAUUGCAAGUGAACUGCAAUGUCUCAAAGAAAUUGGAGGCAGCAGCAAUGUCAUGGAUGUGAAAAUGUGCUUUUUGCACAAGGGCCAUGUUGCCAUUGUGAUGCCAUACUUUCCUCAUGAGAAGUUUCAAGACUAUGUGUAUAAGCUGACAGUCACUGAAGUGCAGGAGUACAUGAUGCAGCUCUUUAUUGCACUAAGAAGAGUCCAUUCAUUCAACAUCAUUCACAGGGAUGUGAAACCGAGCAACUUUCUAUAUAAUCGUAAACAUAAAAGAUUUUCUUUAGUUGACUUUGGCCUUGCCCAGAGACUUAAUGGUGUGUCUGGAAAGACUGAGACAAAAGAACCAGAGCCAUUGCCAAAGGAUUUGGAGCCAUCAUCACAAAACCCUCCAUCAAGAAAGCGAGCCAGAACACUUGACCAAGAAAACCAAAAAGCUCAAGUGAAGCGCCAGUGCCUGCCACCUCACAUGGGUUUUCCACUUCACACAAUCAAUGUGCACAAUGUCUUAACAGGUGGCAAAGUGCAGGUGACAACUGGAUCUUCUGCGAAGCAUUCAUCGAAAGGGGUACUAAACCAAACACGUCGUGAAAGAAGAAAACUGUGCUGCUGCUUUGGAAGGAAUGAAGUUUGCAACAUCUGUCUUAGCAGGCCAGCUGAAGUUGCCCCUCGUGCUGGAACUUCUGGUUUUCGUGCUCCGGAGGUUCUUAUGAAGUACAGACACCAAACUACAGCUGUAGAUAUGUGGUCAGCAGGUGUCAUAUUUCUGUCCUUGCUGAGUGGCCGUUAUCCAUUUUUCCGUGGCCAAGAUGACCUCACUUCAUUGGCAGAAAUCAUCACAGUUAUUGGAAGCAUUCCUGUGAAGUUAGCAGCUGAAAAAAUCGGAAAACUGCUUACCAUUAGCCAUGAAAAGCCAGCGCUAGAUCUAAAAUGUUUAUGUGAAAGACUACGAGGCACCCGUGUCAAAUUUGAGGAGACAGACAAUGGUUUCGAAGAGGUGCCCCCCAGAUACCAUGAAUCAUGGCAUCAUGUGCCAGACUCUGCCUAUGACCUGCUCUACAAGCUGCUUGACCCCGACCCUUCAACUCGAAUCACAGCUGAUGAUGCCCUAGAGCAUGACUUCAUAAAGGAGAAACUCUGCUAGUGAAAAAUGUGAAGUGGCAAGAAUGAUCUCAAGACUUUGUUUGCAGUUUACCUCUAUAAUUGAUGAGAAAAUAAAAAAAAAACAAUUGUAUCGGUUAA